GUCUCGAUAUGUGCCCUGUGGUUAGACUGGCGACCAGUUCGGGGCGCGGUCAUCUGGUGUAGGCUCUAGCUCCAGCACAGGCGGGAGAAAGCGAUGGAAAUUGUCAUUUAUUUAUUUCUGUGUCUAGCGUGUACGAGUGGCAGUGAACGCAUCUAUUUCACGCAGGCGCAUUGGCCAUGUCAGUCCGGCGGCGGCCAUGUCACGUGUCCAAACAAACGCGGUAGUGUUUAGUCAAGUUCGACAACAUUUGUCUGUCACCGAAAUAAUUUGUGAAACACUACCUUUUUUUGCUCAUAUUUUAUUCAUAUAGCUUUGCAGACAUCUCAUUUUGAUAGGGUCACUUACUCAACGUCGUCGUUGGGGUCAAUGGCGUCCUAUGUGUGGCUAUCGAUAUCAGUCAACCUAACGUUGUGUGUCUCAGCUCUUUUCUCCUCGUAUAAACUCUUUAAGGACCACCGAGCUCCCUCAGUAGGACUCUUCCUAGUUGGACUCUCUGCAGGACUUUGUGUGUUUCCUUCCACACCCAUCCAGAAAGAUGCAGAAUGGGUCGGAGAGAUUCUGGCACCAUCCCUGCUUGCCUUCCACCUCAUGUGGCUCAGUGAGGACCACAGCACAGCAUGCAUGCUCCUGAUUGGCUCCUGCCUGCUGCUGGGACUGCGUGACAGUCUCUCAGCAGACACAUUGGUAGUACUGAGUCGCUGCCUGGGCCUAGCAAGCUUGUCCUGCAGCCUCAUGGUGUGUCUGUUCGCUGGAAACCCCGCCGGGGCCCUGACCAGCGUGGCUCUCAGCCUGCCCGUGCUUUUGGUUCCUACUUUUGGGAGAGACUCCUUCGGAUCCCUCGUCUCCCUGACGGCCAAUGAGCUGAGCGACGCUUUGCACUGAGCAUGCUCGCUGCAGAUGCAGCCUGUAAACGGGCCAAGAGUGCAGAGGAGGAGGAGAAAGGGGAGGGGAGACGGGCUGCACAAUGUUGGGAUGCUGCUGCAGCUCUGGAGAAAAGGAGUUGCAUGCAUGGGGAAGACGUGACAACAUGGAUGGAGCCUGGAAGGGAAAACGCAAAUGAUAUUGGAUUUUAAUCACAAAGGACAAGAGGGACAUCUUUGCUCAGGAGGUGUUGCACAGCGUGGACAUGUACGCCUUCUACUCCCUUUUAGUCUACAUCUUCUACACUGUCUUCAAGAAGGAGGAGGAGGAGGAAGCCUUGGAGGCAUCAUGUGGAGCCUCCACAGACGAGCAAAGACCUGUUUCCAUGGGAACAGGGAGCAGAAGGAAAGAUGGUCACGCCCCCAAAAUGAGAAAGAAGGCCUAUGCUGGGCUUAGUGACUCUAGCAGUAGCAGUGACAGCGAUGAGGUUUCCCCAAGUGAUGAAGACGAGGAUGCCGUUGACAUCCCAGCAUGCACUCCUCUGGCAGCAUUCCUCUCCUUCAAGCAGGAGUCCGACAAGAAAAGAGCCUCGCAGAGCAAGCUGGAGACAACAGGAAAGUUAGGAGAGUCCCCCCUGAUGGCCGUCAUGUCCCACUUGCUGAGCUUCCUGGAGCAGUACUCACACUUCCAGCAGCUGCAGCAGCAGGCCGAGCAGUACCGCGUCCAGCUCAAGAGGCACCGCGUGCAGCACCGACGCCAGAUGAAGGCGCUGCGGGCCUCCUACCGCCAACGCCUCAAGGACAAGAAGAGCAUCAUUUGUAACCUGGAGGAAGCCGUCAGCCAGCAGAUGAGCCCGCACAAUGACGGUGAGUGUGUCAGUGAUGCUGGCCCUCAGGCUGGGGUUCACAGCCUGGUGGAGUCGCUGCACGGCCUGCAGGGGGAACGCAGCAAGCUGAGAGGAGAACUGCGUCUGCUGCACUCUCAGCUGGAGCAGAAAGACAAAGAUAAACAUUCGCGUAUAUUGACUUUUCAGCAGCAGAUUGAAGAGCUCAAGAGUGGCAUUGAAGAACGCGAGGAAGAGCUGUCAAGACUACGAACAGCCACUGGCGCCACAGACUCCGAAAAACGCGUGUUGUGUCUUUCAGCUGAGAAUGAAAGUCUCAAGAAUAGCCUGAGUGUCACUCAAGGCCUCCUGCAGCAGCUGACCACCGUCCCCUCACAGUCCAGCACCAUGCUCGUUAAGGAGAACGAGAACUUGCGGAGCAGGGUGCAGCAGCUGGAGGCUUCCCUACAGCAACGCGCCGAGCGGCUGUUGCAGCUGGAGCAGCAGAGUGAGCGCAGCGAGUGGAGGAGAGGGGAGGAGAUGAGGAGGCGAGAGGAUAAAGUGAGGGAGCUUCAGUUGGAGUUGGACAGAGAGAGGGGCAAGGAGCCAGUGGUGAAGUAUGUCACCCAGACCGUUGAGGUGGAAUCCCCCGCCGCCGUCAAGCAGCUGAGCAAAGCCCGACAGAGGAACGAGCUGCUGUCCGAGAAGCUGAGCACUCAGAACGAGCGCUGCAGACAGCUGGAGGAGCAAAUCCGAAAAUCGGAUGAAUACAGCUGCAAUCUGCAACACAAGAUUGCAGCUUAUGAGCGGGAGAUCGGCCAGCUGAGAGAGGAGCUGCUGAAGGAGAUCGGCCAUUUGGAGGAGAGGAAGGAGGAGGCGGUGAAGGCGGCUGCAAACUGCUCGGCAGAACACUUCCAGGACCUGCAGCACCAGUUCUUCACGUUACAGAAGCGUCUGACGGCCCUGCCCCCGACUCUACACGGCAUGAAAACCGACUACGCCAGCCUGAGGAGCCAAGUCAGGAACUUCUCCGAGUUUUACGGCGCGGCGAUAAAGGAGGCCAAGAAGCAGGUUUCAGCAGCGAUCUCCGAGAUGUCAGAGGCCAACAAAGACCUUCUGGAGAAGUACAGGAAGGAGGUCGCCUUGCGCAGGAAGUUGCACGAGCAGCUGGUGGAGCUAAAAGGCAACAUCCGUGUGCUGUGUCGCGUCAAGCCUGUGCUGAAGGAGGACCAGCGUGAGGAAGGCCAAUCGGUGGUGGUGACCACGGACGGCAAUAAUGAGUCCUCUCUGAACGUGCUGAGCAAAGGGAAAAGUCGCGCCUUCGAGCUGGACAAGGUCUUCCAUCCUCAGGCUACGCAGGAAGAGGUCUUUCAGGAGAUUGAGCCUCUAGUGACCUCCUGUAUCCAUGGUUACCAUGUUUGCAUUUUUGCUUAUGGGCAGACUGGCUCUGGAAAGACAUACACCAUGGAGGGCAGUGUGGAGAACCCUGGCAUCAACCAGCGGGCCCUCAAACAUCUUUUCAGUGAGAUCGAGGAGAGGAAGGACAUGUGGUCAUACUCGGUCGCCGUCAGCUCUGUGGAGAUCUACAACGAGGUGCUAAGGGAUCUUCUGAGUAAAGACGGAGAGAAGUUGGACAUCAAAAUCAACCCGGACGGAACAGGACAGCUGCACGUGCCGGGCCUCAGGGUCAUCGAGGUCAAGAGCUUCCAGCAUAUGAAGAAGAUAUUAGCCACAGCCCGCAGGAACAGGAUCACAUUUGGCACUCAGAUGAACCAGCACAGCUCUCGCUCUCACGCUCUGCUCUGCGUCACCGUUCACGGCACAGACCUCGCCACCGGCUCCAAAACCACAGGCAAGUUGAACCUGGUUGACCUGGCGGGGUCAGAGAGGGUAUGGAAGUCUGGUGCAGAGGGCGAGAGACUGAAGGAGGCCCAGAAUAUAAACCGCUCCCUGUUGGCCCUCGGGGAUGUCAUCCAAGCCCUGAGAGCACGACAGACUCACAUACCGUUCAGGAACUCUCGUCUUACGUACUUGUUGCAGGACUCUCUGGGGAAAGGCAGCAAGACCGCCAUGGUGGUGCAGGUGUCUUCCCUGGAGAGUAACGUAGGAGAGACAUUGUGCUCGCUGAAGUUUGCCCAGAGAGUGUGCAAGGUGGAGCUCGGCCCCGCAGCCAGGAAGAUCGAAUCUGGGCAGUGCGACUAAACCGACAACUUCCUGAUGCUGUGAGCGCACACGCACCAGUCACACUCUUCCUAACAUUACAACAUCAACUAUCCUGCACAAGGGCUAAAACUGUCUAUGUCAGCCAGACGUGAUCUGGCAUCAGACAGGUGAGCACCUUUUGACCACCGUUGAGCAGGAAUAAUUCUACCAACCAAAGCAAAAAGUCUGCCUCCACCACAUUGUGUGAUUCUGUGAGCCAGUAUUCUCUUUCCUUUACACAUCUUCGGGAUCUCCUCACCGACAUUUAACACAUUUCUGAUUACUUUCGUCCUUCUAAGUGGUAUUUAAACAUGUUAUGUAGCGUUUUAUGACACAAGUGUCACAUAUCUAUGUAGUGGCUGAACUCCUUGUUUUGCUUUAGAGCCUUAUUUGUUUGCCUUUUUACCAGGGUUGAGUAUGAGGCCUUGUGUUGUCAUGAAUAGUGCAAUAUGUUGGGGAGGUUUGUGGGCCUAUGUGGACAGAAAAUGCACUUUAUAGUCAAAAAGGAUGCUUUUAUGUCAGACCAGGUAUUGAGGUGCUUGCAUAGAUAUCACUAGUGAAGGUCAUACCAAAAACAGUUCAAGCGUACCAACCCAAGAAUCAAAACUUACAGGUAAAUUGCACUUUUUUGGGAAUUUUGCUUUGAUGAUUCACAAUUCCUAGGUAAGAGAAGAACACGUUUUUUUUUUAAAUGCAUUCUAAUUCGUAAUAUACGGCAAGUACAAGGUGGUUAACAAUGCAGCUUAUAGGAGUAAUCUAUGGUGCCCAUAAAGCUCUCUUAAAAAACAUCCAAAAACCGCAAACAAUACUCCAUUUACAAGUCCUGACCUGAAUAUUACCCAAGUAUUAAUGAUAGUUAUUAAGAGCGCUAACGCAGACAAACUAUUUUUACCAGCGCCUUGGUCUUGGUCUUUAUGCAGCUAUUGACAAACUGAGCUGCUGCAUAAUUCUAGAUGAUAAAUCAUGCCUCUCACCUGGGUAAUAGAAUGUUGUUGCCAUAAACCGAGAAGUUGGCCAACUUUGACAUUCAACUUAGACCUGGAGAUGGUGAAAAGGACACGAAAAGACGCUCGUUUGCCGCACCUUUUUUUUUUUGACCUGCGUGAGGAUUAUGAUUAAUUGUUCAUCUAAACAGGAGGAUAUAAACAUCCCAUCAGUCGGCAUCCCAGUGAGAGCAGACAUUGCACAGUAAGUAAUUGUUUGUACUUACUGUAUACUGCUGAAGAGGCUGCACGAUGCUUAGUGUUUCACUAAAAUCUAGAUCUGUUUAUCAUUUAGCUACUAAAACUGGUUGCUCAUCCUCCGUAUAUUCAGGCUCAAAAAGUAGGUUCUGUAGCACCUUUUGUCCCAAAGUAAUCGUCCCUCAUGAAGUCUGCCAUAAUUAAUAGAAGUAGUUGUUGGUAAAGGAAAUAAUGAACGUUGUGAUGCGUCUGUCGUAUGCUUAAAAUGAGAAAAGUAUGUAAAUAUUACAUGUUAUUAUGAAUGUGCCUUUUACUACAUUGCAUAUAUACUUACAGCGUGUGUAUAUAAAACAAUGAUAGAGGAUUUUGGGUGUUUUUUAGAGCGCUUUAUAGGCGGAAUAGAGCGACUCCCAUUGGCUUCAACGUUAGCUGACUUUUGUUAUCGUGAAUUUACGAGUUAAAAUGCAUAAAAAAUAAAAUGUGUUCUUGUCUCACAUAAGGAUUUUGAUUGAUAGGCAACAUUUAAAAAAAAUGUGCAGUUCCCUUUAAGUGGUAGUUGUCUGAAUAAAUAUGUAUUUAAAGGGAGUGUGGAUGACAUUUGGAAAGAAAAGUAGUGUACUUAUAUUCAAAAGUUUGUAGCUUGUUUAUAAUUGAAUUACACAUAUACAAGAUUGUAUCAUUGGAUUUUCAUUGUACAAAAAUAAAAAGACUAGACGAA